AUGGUGAAGGAACACGGUUAUUAUGAUUUACUUGGUGUAUCGACAACAGCUCCUGUAGAGGAGAUUAAAAAGGCCUACCGCAAGUUAGCCCUUAAGUAUCACCCAGACAAAUGUCCAGAAAACCCAGAAAAGUUUAAAGAAAUCACUCGAGCAUUUUCGGUUCUUAGCGAUCCUGAUAAAAGACAACUGUAUGAUCAAGGGGGCGAGCAAGCAAUUAAGGAGGGUGGAGGUGAUGCAAGUGGUAUGGCAGACCCAAUGGAUAUAUUCCAAAUGUUUUUCGGUGGUGGUCGUCCUCGCGGACCUCGUCGGGGCAAAGACUGUGUGCACCAGCUAUCAGUGACUUUGGAAGAACUAUACAAUGGCAGUGUUCGAAAACUUGGUGUAACACGGAAAGUCAUAUGUGAUAAAUGUCAAGGUCGUGGUGGCAAAGCUGGUGCAGUUGUAACCUGCCGCACUUGUCGAGGAACAGGCAUACAGACCCACGUCCGCCAGUUAGACGUCGGAUUUGUUCAACAGAUUCAGACUACGUGCAGUGUAUGCAAGGGAGAGAAAGAAAUUAUUGACCCCAAGGAUUGUUGUAAAAAGUGCGAGGGCAAGAAAGUUGUUCGCGAAACAAAGGUAAUCGAAGUCCCGAUAGAAAAAGGGAUGGCCGAUGGUCAAACGAUCAAAUUCCCUGAUGAAGGUGAUUGCGAACCGUGUUUACAGGCUGGCGAUCUGAUCAUCACCCUUGAUGAGCAACCGCAUAGCCGUUUCAUCAGACGUCGUGGCGACUUAAUACUCACUAUGGUCUUGUCACUCUCAGAGGCCUUGUGUGGUUUCCAGCGGACAAUUCAUACAUUAGAUGGCCGGACGCUAGUCGUAAGUUCUAGACCAGGUGAGGUGUUCACGAACAAGGACUUUCGUGCGAUCCAAGGAGAAGGUAUGCCUAAGUACAAAGACCCGUUCACUAAGGGUCGGCUCAUCGUAAAGUUCGAUAUAUCAUUCCCUAAAAAUGACUUUAUGCCGAAGUCCCAAUUGGAUUCGCUGCGAAAAUUACUACCCCCACCUACCUGUAUUGAAGAUAUUCCUGAAGAUGGAGAAUUAGUUGAGUUGCAUCCUUUUGAUCCUGAACAUGAUCACGAACAACAUGAGCGCCGAAGAGAGGUAUACGAAGAUGUAGACGGUUCGGAGAGUUCAAACCCACGGGUUCAGUGUGCGUCCGCCUAA